AUGCUGAAGAGCGUCGACAGCGUUGAAGAGGCAGUUCAACUAUCAAAAGACCUCAUUCACGUUCUCGGCACUGCGGGACUCACUUUGAGAAAAUGGAGUUCAAACUCUCGAGAACUGCUGGAUCAAAUUCCUCCGUAUCUGCGCGACGAACGCUCUUCGUUGGACCUCGAGCUCUUAAACCCCACCGUUAAGACCCUUGGAAUCAAAUGGGAACCCCGAUCGGACAUUUUUCGGUUCACUGUGCCUCAGUGGAACCCUGCUACUGAGAUCACCAAGAGGAUCAUCCUGUCCGAUUUCGCGAAGCUCUUCGACCCGCUAGGCCUGGUUGGACCUAGUCUAGUUCCAGCCAAGGUUUUUCUCCAGGAUCUUUGGAGAACAAAGUGUUCCUGGAACGAAACUGUGCCAGACGAGCUUCAAAACUGGUGGAAAGAAUUUCGAGAAAGUUUGGAGAACCUGACCCAGCUUCGCGUUCCUCGUUGGGUUGCGUUUGGAAGCGACACAAUAUCUGCUGAACUUCAUAUGUUCUGUGAUGCGUCCAUGAAAGCGUAUGGUGCCUGCAUCUAUCUGCGGUGCACUUCGUUCGACGGCACUGUCACAGCAGCACUACUCACCGCGAAAUCUCGAGUGGCACCGCUCGAAGAUCUAGAGAAGAAGCGGAAACAGACCUCAAUUCCUCGUCUGGAGCUGUCGUCCGCACUCACCGGAGUUCAUCUAUUUGAGAAGGUCGUCCAAAGUAUCAAAAUCACUGCCCAACCGUACUUUUGGACGGACUCGAUGAUCGUUAAAUGCUGGAUCGCUGCUGCUCCGUCACGCUGGAACGUUUUCGUUGCAAAUAGAGUGUCCGAGAUACAGCACAUCACCCGUGGAGGCAUCUGGAACCAUAUCGCUGGGCUGGAAAACCCCGCGGACGUUUUGUCAAGAGGAAUGUCUCCAGAUCAACUGAAGGACUACGAGAUGUGGUGGCAAGGUCCACCGUGGCUGCACUUGGACAAGUCUUCCUGGCCGAAAACCGCGACAAUCAACCCGAAGGAUCUGGAUCCUUCGCUCCUUGAAGAACGAACGACGGUAGCGGCCCCAGCUCAAGUUGUCGAACCCAGCCCGAUUUUUGGUCUUCGAUCGUCGCUUCAAGACUUAGUUCGAAUCGUGUCCCUUCUACGAAGAUUCGUUCAUAACUGUAGGAACCCCGAUGGUCGGAAGACAGGCCUUAUCAAGCACGAAGAGCGGUCAGAGGCAUUACACCAGCUUCUACUCUUAGCGCAACAAGAAAGCUUCCCGGAGGAUUUGAUCGCGCUUCGCAGAAUCGGUGAAGUUAAAUCAACAUCGAAAUUAAGAAAGCUAGCUCCAAGCCUUGUGAACGGAAUGAUCCUGGUCGGCGGCCGGCUGCGGAACGCUAAUAUCUCGGCCGGACGGAAGCAUCCCGUCAUUCUGGACAACCAUCAUCCUCUAUCGAUUAUCAUCGCCGUUCACUACCAUCAGAAGAACCUGCACGCAGGACAGCAGCUCUUGAUCGCCAGCAUGCGGGAGAAGUACUGGCUAUUGUCUGCUCGCAACCUGGCUCGGAGAUCCUUACCCGCAGAACGUGUCACUCCGGCUCCACCAUUCAUGCGCGUAGGGGUGGACUACUGUGGUCCGUUCUAUAUCCAGUACCCCUAUCGCAAGGGCGGUCCGAUAAAAUGUUUUGUUGCCGUUUUCGUGUGUCUCGCUGUAAAGGCGGUCCAUUUAGAGGUCGUGGGAGACCUCACAACUCAAGCGUUCAUCGCAGCACUGAAACGAUUCGUCUCCCGUCGAGGUCGGCCUGAAAUUCUCAUGUGCGACAAUGCAACGAACUUUGUCGGUGCCCGGCGUGAACUGGACGAGCUUCGGAAGCUGUUCAACAACCAAGACUUCGUGAAAGCUGUUACUGAGGAGACAUCCUGGGAGAACAUCAACUUCAAAUUCAUCCCGGCGAAGUCACCCAACUUCGGAGGCCUGUGGGAGGCCGCCGUGAAGUCGAUGAAGGAACACCUGAAGCGUACUCUAGGCAAUACAGUCCUCGUCUCAGACGAAAUGGCCACUCUGGUGGCACAGAUUGAAGCGUGUCUCAACUCGAGACCCCUCACACCACUAUCCAACGACGCAAACGACCUGGAAAUCCUAACUCCCGGUCACUUCCUGGUGGGCAGGCCGCUCACAGCAAUCCCAGAACCAUCUUUGCAAGACCUCAACGAAUCAAGGCUUUCGAAGUGGCAGCGUGUGCAGUAUUUUCUGCAACGAAUUUGGAAUCGUUGGUCAACACAGUACUUGUCGAACCUGCACACUCGUACAAAGUGGACCAAGCAGCGUAACAACCUUUUUGUCGGCACCAUGGUACUGCUGUGCGAGGACAACGUGCCGCCCCUCAAAUGGCGGCUGGGUCGGGUCACAGAGAUUCACCCAGGAAAGGACGGCAACAUUCGUGUCGUCAAAGCUCACACGAAGGACGGAGAUUUUCUACGAGCGAUAUCCAAAGUUUGUGUCCUACCAAUACGGGACAACGAGUCGACACCAGCGUCAGCUCACGAGGAGGAUUGA